AGUCAGUCGCCGUCUGAGUCAUAUCGUCGAGUCGUCGUCGAGUUAUCGUACGCGGAGGUGCACUUUCACUCACGUUAUUGAAGACGCGAUUUCGCGAAUACACUUUAUUCUCGAACCACUAGUAACUAAAUAACAUGACUUGGUUGAAAUUCAUAAGUGAAAGUUAUGUACAUUAAUUCAUUAACACAAAUCAAGAGAAUACAAGCGAAUCAGGAGAACCUGCUCUUGUUCAACGCGUUAUUCCAACAUACUACAAGGUGUGAAAGUCGAGCAACAGUAUAUCGCAGGAAUAAAAUAAACCUUAAAUUCCUUAUCGCUGAUUUUACAGAGUAUGAAAAAGCGACUCUAAAGAGCAUCGUUUUAUUAAUUUGCGAUAUAAUCGAGGUUAAACCUUCGAUUCGACCUUGAAUGAGUUCACACAACAGUAUUGUUGCAAUAUUACGAACGAUAAGAUCCAAAAUAGAGAAAAAUGGCGCUAUUUUCAGUCAACCUUGCGCUCCAACUUUUGGGAAUAAUAAUAGCCAUAGUCGGGGCAGCGUACAUUUACCUCAAGCAUGUAACCUACAACUACUGGAGUUCCAGAGGAAUUGCACAGCUGGAACCAAUACCACCGAUCGGUGACUUGUGGCCGCUCCUUUCAGGGAAAAGAUCAAUCGGUCAAUUGAUGCGCGACGGUUAUCUCCGUCUGAGGAAGAAGCGAAUUUUCGGUUUCUACUCUAUCCACAAGCCAAACCUGGUGAUCUGCGAUCCUGACAUACUUCGGUUCGUGCUGACAAAGGAAUUUCCGCGAUUCCAAGACCGCGGAAUGUUCAGUGACGAGAAGCUCGACCCGAUGUCGGGUAACCUGUUCCUGACCGGUGGAACAAAGUGGCGACACCUCAGGGUGAAGUUCUCGCCGACGUUCACGUCCGGCAAGAUAAAGCACAUGUUCACAAUCGUCAAGGAGAUAUCUGACAACCUCGACAAGCGUCUGGCCUACGAGGCGAAACAGAACGAGCUUGUCGAGAUCAAGGAUCUGAUGGCGAGGUUCUCCACCGAUGUGAUAGCAACCGUGGCCUUCGGGAUCGACUGCAACAGCCUGGAAGAUCCCGAUGCGGAGUUCCGAUCAUGGGGACGAAAGUUCUUGGAGCCGAAUCCGCUGAAGAAUGCGUUAAUGGCACUUUGUCCCUCAGUGCUGCAGAUAUUGAAGAUCCCAUUCUUCGACAAGGGGGCCUCCGACUUCAUCCUAAACGCGUUCACCGACACCGUAAACUACAGGACAGCCAACAAUGUAGUGCGAAAGGACUUCCUGGAGCUUGCUAUGCAGCUCAUAAACAAGGGAUACGUACAGGGCGACGAAGACGAAAACAACAAGGAAACGGCCCAGACCUCAGUCAAUGCCAGCGACAAAAUCACGAUGCUGGAAGGAGCGGCGCAGGCUUUCGCUUUCUGGGUUGGUGGAUUCGAAACCUCGUCUUCGACAGCGACUCAUUGCCUCUACGAAAUGGCCCUGAAUCAGGAUAUCCAGGAAAAAUUAUCCGAUGAGAUAAAUACAGUACUGGAGAAAUUCGGGGGCUUGACUUACGACAGCAUAAACGAGAUGACUUAUCUUCACAAAGUUGUCUCAGAAACCCUCAGAAAGUAUCCUUCAGUAGCCGUCCUAAACAGAGAGUGCAAUCAGGAUACCAAGCUACUCGACACUGGUCUGGUCGUCGAGAAAGGAACGCCGAUCAUCGUUCCAGUAAUGGGUAUCCAUUGGGAUCCCGAAAUUUACCCUGACCCGGAAAAAUUCGAUCCGGAAAGAUUCACGGAGGAGAACAUCUCCAAGAGGCACCGUUACGCUUACCUAGCCUUUGGCGAAGGGCCCAGAAAUUGCAUCGGCAUGCGAUUCGGUUACCUUCAAACGAAAAUCGGACUCAUCACUCUGCUCUCCAAGUAUCGUUUCAAACCAGGGCCUGACACAAAAGUACCACUGCCUGCCGAUACCGGAAACUUUUUACACAUGCCACUUGGUGGAGUGAUCCUACGAGUCGGAGAAAGAUACUAAAAGAGUAAAAAUUGUCAUCAUCACACUUGGGCCAUUUGUUUUUUCACAAAUUUCGAAAUUUUUUAGUCUUCCAUUUUCCAAGUAGUACGAAUCAUGCUAGAUAAUUUUUCUUACGUAAAUUUUAAUCAACUUUUUGGAUUUGAACAAUGAAAGAUCACUAAUUACCAGUUACGAGUAUACCAUAGGGAAGAAAUCAGUGCAUAUACGCUGACGAUCCACCAACUUUUCACUGACAUUUCACUAAUUUUCAGUGUAUAUGGAGCAUUCCGUGUCAAAUUUGUAAUCCAUGUACCUCAUCCCCUUCGAUAUUGAAAAUUUUUUAUUAUGAUGUUGCAGCCGGUCCAAAAUGGUCAGGAAAUUUUGUUCAGUCAUCUUUCAGCCACCGGUGAAAUUUAAAAAAAUAAUCAACACACCAAUUCCGAAAACGCCAU